AUGAAGGCAGACUACUAUGAGCUUCUUGGUGUUACAAACUCUGCCGAUGAUUCGGAGCUAAAGAAAGGUUUCCGAAAGAGAGCUCUCAAGUACCAUCCUGAUAAAAAUUCCAGUGAUGAUGCUGCUAUACUGUUCAAUGAAAUACGAGUGGCGUAUGAAACUUUGACAGAUCCGCAGGAAAGAGCAUGGUAUGAUUCUCAUAAGUAUCAGGUUUUGGCCGAAGCCGAAGAUAUUAGUGGAGAUGAUGCAGAUACUGAUAAUAGUACUGUAUACUAUUCAGGAACUACUGUUCAAGAUAUAGAGAAGUACUUCAAUGACGGAAUGUAUACGAAAUUUAAUGACUCAGCGUCUGGGUUUUAUCAAAUCAUCAAUGUUCUUGUGACGAGAAUUUCGAGUGAAGAAGUUUCUUCUGGAAAGAAGCAAGGAUUACCAGGGUUCCAGUCUUUUAAAGACGAUACCACUAUGUCCAAUGCAUGCGAUGCAAGUGAGUUGAUGUAUCCAAGGUUUGGCAACUCGAGAUCUGAAUAUGGAAAUGAUGUUCGGCUGUUUUACAAGGCAUGGACAAACUUUCAAAGUAUCAAGACGUUUACCUGGUUUGAUGAGUAUAGGUACUCUACGGCACCUGAUAGAAGAACUAGACGAUUAAUGGAGAAAGAAAAUAAGAAGAGAAGACAGCAGGCUCGUAAAGAGUAUAACGAGAUCAUUCGUAAGUGGAUAUCAUAUAUUAAGCACAGAGAUCCUCGUGUGACUCCCAUUAUUCAGAGGAAGUACGAGAAAGAUAGAGUCAAAAAGCAGCAGAAGGACUUGAAAAGGCAAGCUCAAAAAGAGAGACAGCAGAGAAAGGAGGAAGAUUCAGAGUAUGUCGAACAAGAUUGGCAGACUAUUGAUGCUGAUGAAUUGGCAGAUAUAGAGCAGCAGUUGGAUAAGCUCUAUAACGAAGAGGAUAUGCUCAAUGGAGAGAAAGUUGAUGAAGAAGACUUCAAUAGAGACAUUUAUGAAUGUGUGGUCUGUGACAAGGUAUUCAAAAGUGAAGAGCAAUUAAAAGAUCAUGAAAGAUCUAAGAAGCAUAUCAAGAAAUUAAGAAGACUAAAGUGGGAGAUGAGACAGGAAGGAGUAGAGUUGGGCAUUGAUGAUAAAGGAUUUUUAGAUGAAGAGACCGAAGAGGAGCUGUUUGAUGAUGCACUAGAGGAAAUGGUUGAAGAGGAGUUGGACGAUGAAGAAUCCGUUGUUGAUGAAUCGGCACUCAAAGAUCAUUCAGCCGUUGAUGAAGGCAACAAGACCAUUAAGGAGCCUGCUAAUAUUUCUGAUAGUUUGGAGGCUGCUGUUGAUGAGAAUUUGGAUGACUUGGACAAUUCAAGCCUCUCUAGAUUACAACUAUCAGGCGACGAAGCCUCUUCUGCUGCUUCUGAAUCAAAGACAAGAGGUUCUAAUAGGUCGAAAGAUAUGAAGCUGCAAGAACUUUCUGCUAUUCUCAAUGGCACGACACUGGAAUCUGACUCAGAUGAUGACUGGUCUACGGGAAACAAGAAGAGCAGAAAGAGUAAGAGGAAAGGUAGGAGUAAGCCCAGCUCCGGUUCCAAUUCGCAUGCUCCCCCCAGUGCUGCUGAUGGUUGUGAAUCUUCUUGGGUCUGUGCUGUUUGUGGUAAGUCCUUCUUCAGUCGAAAUAAGCUUUUCCAGCAUGUUAAUGAUACAGGGCAUGUUGCUCCUCCAAGCAAAGUAAAGAAGGGAAAGAAAAAGAAUAGAAACUGA